AUGACCUCAGCCCGUUCCCCGAUUGGGUCCCGCGGCGACCCGACAGGGUUACGGCACCGCUUGAACUCCACGGCGGUCGAUUUCCCGGUCAGCGGCGAGUGCGAGAAUGCGUGCAUCUACCGACCGGACGCCGGGGACGACGACAAGCCCGACUACCAGAAUUGCGUCUGGCUCGACGUCGUUCACAACGAGACGGUGUUCACGCUGCAGAGGGCCAUGCUGGCCCGCGACACUCCGCCCAUCGACGUCAUCGUCAAGCAGGAGGACUCAUCGGCGGCCUAUCCGUCCAAGAUCUCAGAGCGCGAAACCUCGAUCGUCGCCAAGACCGACCUGAACACCGACCCCAGCUUGGCCGUGAUCGUUCCCGACCCCCCGCGCCCUGUCGUCGAGGUGGACGAUCCCGGCCAAUGGGACGCGAAGUCCACACAAAUCGCGACGAAAACCCACGCGAAGACGACCACCGAGCGCAUCGACACCCACUCGAAGGCCAUCGACAUC